AUGGGUAAGACAGAAAGCAAACAAAAGCCCCCGCUCCCGGUCGACCCCCACCCGCCCUCUCCUCACGACGGCGCCACCCCGCCCGAGCGGCCAUUGCGGGGAGGGGAGGAUCGGCCGCGGGCCCGGUUGCCGCGGCAACAGGCGGACGCCGUCCCGCGCCUGAGGGACCCGCCAUCAUCCCGUGAAGUGAGCGGCCACCAGACCCGCUACUAUCCCGUGAGGUCAGCGGCCGCCGGCCCCGCCACCCCGCGACGGGGAGGCUCCUCCCUCAGCGCGGAGGGCAGCGCUCCUGAGGCGGGCGGCAGCGCUCCUGAGGCGGGCGGCGACUCCCGCAGCCCUCACUCACCCGCCCGCCGGCAAAUGGCCUCCACAGCUCGGCCCCCCGGCCGCCUCCACAGCUCGGCCCCCCGGCCGCCUCCCCGCCGCUCCUGCCUCCGUGCCGGCUCCAGGUGCUGCCCGGCCUUCCCCGCCCCGGGGCCGGCUUCGCCCCUCGCCGAGCUCCACCUGUCUCGGGAUGAUCAGCUACAGUACACCAUGUCGGAUCAUCGUAUCUCACCAGAUACCCGCUUUCUUAAGAACACUCCUACAUCUCUGGUUAAAUUUCAUCUGAAAGGCAUUUUAGUAUGUGCUCUCCCAGACUGCUCCACAGUUAAGGGGAGACUACAGAGUUGUUUCAAAACCAAAAGGCCCAAACCUGAACAAAAAGCUACUGCAGAUGCCCUCUCUGUCCUCCAACUAACUCCUACCUUCACAAAUGAGAGUUCUGAAUUCGAACACGGAUCUGUCAUCAAAUCUUCUGGGAACAGACCAGGCCUUAAACUUCCUAUUAUAGAAAAUGUAUCAGUCAAGCAGAAGUUGAAAUGCAACAUAAGCUUAAAAAAAGUCGAGAAAAUUGUACUUGACCCAAAUAAAGUCACCUCAGGGGCUGAUCUGGAGGCUGUGAAGACCUGUGAGCUUUGCCAGCAGAACCUGAUAAUUGAUGUGGACAAUUUUAACGUGAAUGCAUAUUGCCGAAGUCGCCAACAGUCACGGAUCCUGACUCUGCGAAAAACAGAUAAAACUCUCCUGAUGUUUGAAUUCCACCAAGAAGCCUUUAUAUCAAGUACCCUUUUCCUUGUUUUUUAUACCCCUGCUUUUCUCUUAAUUAAAGCCAAAACAAGUGUGUUUAUGUCACACAGUCCUUUUUGUAGACCUACUGAUGUCUUUGAAAGUCCGAACACCAACUGCUAAUUACUUUAAAAGACCAUAGGUCAAGGUAACUAGUAGUGAAGUCAACGUGGCAUUUCUAUUGAUUAUGUCCUAAAACUGCCUCACCUAACUGGAAACAGCUGGCUAGUAAGUUGGCUUUUUAACUGACCUCCUUUAACCUUUCAAAUCACAAGCCAUGGAGAUGCCUGUGGUUUCUGUACUGUGGGUUUUGAGUCCCAUAUAAUACUGACAUUCUUUGCUUCUGAAGUUUCUUCUGAUUAGAGCUUGAGCUUAUAAAGUGACGUGAUCCAGUACACAGCUUACAGCCAAAAGGUCCAAAGCCCACUUUUACAGCUGUUGAUUGAAUGCACGUGACAACAAACCAUUGAGUGCGUUGGCUUCGGCUUGAGCCGGAUGAACUUUUGGUGAAGUUCUUGUAUUUAAUGUUCCCUUUAACAACUAACAUGGCCUGAAAAAAGAGGGUCUUUGUUUUAGAGGGGAGAAUGAAGGCAGAAGAAAAGCAGUUACUCAGAUCUUGACUUGAAUGUUGACCUGUGGAGACACUGAGUUCAAUCCAUGCAAAGCAACGGCUGCUGUUUGGAAGCGGAGAUAGGAAGGCCCCUGAAGGCUUCACUGUACUGUACAGCAUAAGUCUGGAGUAAUUGUAUCUCAGCAAAAAAUCGAAUUGAUCAGUACGAAUUUGCUGUAUCAAUUCUUUUAAGGUAUGCUCAGAUUUGCGCAUGAACCUUCUGAAUUCUUGUCUGGUUAACACAUUUCCUAACUUCUCAAUUCCACACAAGCGUGAAAUAUAUUACUUAAUAAACUGUAAUUCUUUUUACUGUGUGUGAUGAGAAGGUAUAAUUUUGCAAGUUUGAAGGCACUUAA